AUGCUUGAAAAUACUGAAUAUGACCUAGAUUACAGCAAGUGCAAAUGGCUUCCAGCAACGAUCCGUAAUGCACUCAGCGAAAUGAUCGAUAUUUCGCUUUUAAAGGAGCCAGCAAUGUUCUUGCUGUGCGUAUCGAAUUUAUUUGGAAUGCUUGGCUUUUACAUACCUUUCAUGUUUCUCAUUGACAUGGCCGUUGCAAAGGGACAUUCCAGAGCCAAUGGAUCAUUGCUGCUGUCCAUCAUUGGUAUAACCAAUACUUUUGGUUGAUCACAGUUGCAUUAA